GAGACAACCUGUGUGGAUCAAAAUGCUGCUCUGCCCCGAGGACAGCACCUAAAUCAGGGAAGUGUACCAGAGUUAUGUGCAUGCAAAAAUGCAAAAAUGGAUGCCGUAAACUGCAGACUUGUGUAUGUAAGAAUGGCUUCAGGGGCACGCGAUGUCAACAUCAGUCUUUCCCUGGUAAAUCUGAAACUGGAAUCCCGAAGGCUGAUGUAGUUAUUCAAUUCACUAUGGUUCCAACUCUAACUCCUGCUAUAAGCACAGCAGGAAGUACGGUCAACACAGACGUCUCAACUGCUGAACUAAAAUACAGUGACCCAAAGGUGCAAAUUCAUUCAGAUAAGAGCAAAACCUCGCUCAGAUGGCAGCCUCUAUCUCUACAGGAGCUUCAGUCCAUUCUAAAGCGGAAAGGCUUGGCCUCACAUGGGAAGAUCACCAGUUUACUCACCACACACCUGGAAACACAGAAACGCUUAAUAGGCAAUAAUGGUGAGAAAGAGAAGCACUAUGCCAACAAGACUAUACAUACCCCAAGGAAAGAAUAUAUGAAUCAUAAGCAGAUCCACAAGGCUGUUGUAUGUCCACUGCUUUGCCAGAAUGGGGGUGUUUGCCUGAAGAAGGAUAAAUGCCUGUGUACACCAAACUUCACUGGAAAAUUUUGCCAGAUUCCAGUAUCACCUGAUGGUUGGAAUAGUAAACAGGACCACAAGAACAGCAGUGUGGAGCAGAACACAAUGACAAAAUCAGUCCAUACACUUCCACUGGCCAACUACCACCCAGAAAAAGAUGGAACUGCUUCUAUUGUCAAGGUCCAUGUGGAGCACCCCCCAGAGGCCUCUGUGAACAUUCACCAGGUUGAGCGUAUAGAUAGGCAUAGUGGCCACAUAGUAAGAAAUCAAAAUCAUGAACAACAAGACACAAGGAUCCCUCUGUUUAGGGUACAAGCUCAAAAUAGCCCUCGCAUUAAUGGCUACACUGAAAACUCAGGAUUUGGAUACUGCUUCCGACGCUUGGAGAAUGGUCAGUGUGCCUCGCCUAUCCCUGGCUUGAGAACACAGGAGAUUUGCUGCCGUAGUUCAGGAGUGGCCUGGGGGGUCCAUGACUGCACUCCAUGCAAUGGACACCAAGGUGAUGUGUUAUCCGUGACUGUUAUUGAUACCCCCUGCCCAAAGGGAUUCGAAAGAGUCAAUGGUACCUGUACAGAUAUUGAUGAGUGCACUGAUUCUACACUUUGCGUGAAUGGAGACUGCACCAAUACUAGAGGGAGCUAUACCUGUAUGUGUCGUGAAGGUUAUUUGCUGGAUUCCUCCAGGAGCAGCUGCAUCUCACAUCAUGUAAUCUCAGAAGUCAAGGGUCCAUGUUUCAGAAUCUUACGGGAUGAAAAAUGCUCCCUCCCCAUCCUCCGUAAUAUCACCAAGCAAAUCUGUUGCUGCAGCCGGGUUGGAAAGGCUUGGGGCAAGGGCUGUGAGCAGUGCCCUCCCUUUGGUACAGAGGGAUUUAAAGAGGCCUGUCCUGCUGGGCCUGGAUAUCACUAUUCUGCUUCAGACCUGCGUAUCAACACCCGGUAUGUGGGGCAGGACCAAGCACGGGUGCCUCUCCUUCGACAGCCAGCAUCCAGAGGAUUUCUAUUCACCACUACUAGCCCAAUCUACCAUGCAGUUACAGGCCAUAUCACUGUUGUGGACAGGCAGCAGGAUACUGACCAGAGUAAAAUAACGACACCAAUCCAAAGAGUACCUGCCAGGGAACCAGUAUCAGCCAACAGAUCUAUUUCUGGGCCUGACAGGGUUUCACCAUUGCCUGCUCCAGUUCCAACAGAAACACAAAGAGAAGCUCCUACUCAAGAAUCUAGCGUAUGUGAGCUGAAUCCACAAAUUUGUGGCCCAGGCCGCUGUGUUCCACGUUCGGGCAGUUACACCUGUGUGUGUAAUACUGGAUACUGGCUGAGCACACAGGGGACACAUUGUAUUGACAUGGAUGAAUGCAGACAGAGACCAAGUCUUUGCACCAAUGGGCGCUGUGAGAAUACUGUGGGCAGCUACCGCUGUGCUUGUUCUGCUGGAUUCAGUACUAACCCACAGGGCACAGACUGUACAGACAUUGACGAAUGCAGGACUGAACAGCACCUCUGUGAUAAUGGCCGCUGUGAAAACAUGCCAGGAAGCUACCGCUGUAUCUGUUCUCCAGGUUUUACCCUGAACCCCCAGGGCAAAUCUUGCAUAGACAUUGAUGAAUGUCGACUUAGUCCAAGGCGCUUCUGCUUGAGUGGCCAAUGUGAAAAUACUCCUGGGAGCUUCCUUUGCAUUUGUCCAGCAGGGUAUACUGCCAAUCCACAAGGCACAGACUGCCAAGACACUGAUGAAUGUCGUCAGACUCCUCGGAUAUGUGGAUCUGGUAGAUGUCAGAACACUCCCGGCAGUUUCCGUUGCUCAUGUCCAAUCGGAUACAGGCUGACACCACAGGGCAAUGACUGUAUUGAUAUAAAUGAAUGUGAGAAUCCUGGAGCCUGCGCUGGACAGGAGUGUCUAAAUACACCUGGAUCCUUCCAAUGUCGGCAGUGUCGUAGUGGAUAUAAGCUGCAGAACCGGCGUUGUGUGGACAUUAAUGAGUGUCAAACAGAGUCUGCUUGUGGGCUUCAUGGAAAAUGUAUUAACACAGAGGGCUCCUUUGAAUGCGAGUGUCAUCCAGGAUAUCGCCUUAAUGACAGAAACCGCUGUACAGAUAUUAAUGAAUGUCUGGAAGGAGAGUUCUGUUUUCCACGUGGAGAGUGCCAGAAUACAGAGGGUUCUUACACAUGUGUAUGUGCAGAGGGAUAUGUCACUACUCCCGAUGGUGCUUCCUGUGUUGAUAAGGAUGAAUGCCAACAGGGUACUCUUUGCCAAGGGGGGAGAUGUACCAACACACAAGGGUCAUUCCAGUGCCAAUGUCCUACUGGCUUCAGAGCCACUUCCAACAAAGCAGCCUGCACAGAUAUUGAUGAGUGUCAGGAAAGAGGAACUUCCCUUUGUGGCGCACAGAGCUGUGAAAAUACUUUGGGCUCUUACAGGUGCAUUGCACAAUGUGAUACAGGAUACAGGCUGACAGCAUCCGGUGACUGUGAAGAUAUCAACGAAUGUGCAAAUUCUACAAUAUGUGGAGACAAUGCAGUAUGUCAGAAUCUUUUAGGUUCCUACCGCUGCACUUGUAACUGGGGCCAUGAGAUGUCCAGUGAGGGCCAGCACUGCAUCGAUGUUGAUGAAUGUUUAGAAUAUGGAAGAUCUAUCUGUGGGAAUAAACGUUGUGAAAAUACUCCAGGAACCUAUAGAUGUAUUAGUGACUGUGAGCCCGGUUACCUGUUAUCACCUUCAGGAGACUGCACAGAUAUCAAUGAGUGUCUGAACACAACUGUCUGUGGUGACCAUGCAACUUGCCACAAUCUGGCAGGGACCUAUCAAUGCCUGUGUGACCAAGGCUAUGAGGGGGCAAGGGGUGAACGCCACUGUGUAGAUGUCAAUGAAUGUCUUACCCUGCAAGGUGUUUGUGGAACAGCAAUCUGUGAGAAUGUGGAGGGCUCCUUUCUCUGUACAUGUCCAAAUAGCAAGGAGGAGUUUGACCCAAUGUCUGGAAAAUGCAUCAGAUCUAACUCUACUGUGCGCCCUGUGCUGCCCAGCCAUCCUAGAACAGCUCAAGUGGAUACACUGACUUCAAGUCACAAGGAAUGUUAUUACAAUUUGGAAGAGUCAGAAGUUUGUGGGAAUGUCCUUGCUAGAAAUGUAAGCCAGGACGAAUGCUGCUGUAGCAUAGGUGAAGGAUGGGGCCAAAACUGUGAGUUUCAGAAAUGCCCAACAAUAGGCACAGUUGAAUACCAGGCCUUGUGCCCACAGGGAGGUGGCUACACUACGUCAGAACAAGGGUUAAAAGAUAUCAAUGAAUGCCAAAUCUUUGGGACCCAGUUGUGCAAGGGAGGUUUCUGUGUGAACAAGAUCCCCUCUUUUUCUUGCUACUGCUCUAAUGGGUACUACUAUGAUGUACAGCGGCUUGAAUGUGUAGAUAAUGAUGAAUGUCAUGAAGAGGACUUGUGUGUAGGGGGGAACUGCAUAAACACGGUAGGAUCCUAUUACUGUACCUGCAACCCCCCACUGGUGCUGGAUUCGACCCAGAGGAGGUGUAUCACCAACACCAGUCAGGCUAUAGAUGAAAAUCUCUCCUACUGCUGGCAGGAGAUUGGAGCAGAUUUGUUGUGUAGACGCCCUCUGCUGGAAAGACAAACAACUUAUACUGAGUGCUGCUGUCAAUAUGGAGAAGCCUGGGGAUUAAACUGUGCACUGUGUCCUGGAAGGGACACUGAUGAUUUGGAAUCCCUUUGUAUUGACUGGAGAUCUCCAGAAGCUGAAAACCCUGGCCCACCACAACCUAGCCUUUAUGAUUAUGGCACAGAAUAUGGAGGUUAUGGAGUUCCAUAUGGACCUGAUACCUUUGCCAACCCCCCUCCUAGGAUAGUAAGACCAGGAUAUGAUUCUUACCCUGCAUCUCCAGGUGGAAUGAGUUUUGGUUCAAGGCCAGCAUUACCUUAUGGCCCACGUGAUUCACUCUACAGCCUCCCUCCUUAUGAAUCCCCAGACUUUGAUUCAGAUAUUUACUACCCUGACCCUUCUAUUGAAGAACCAAGAAACCCAUUUCAGAGGACAGAUUCCCCACAUGAUCCACGUCUUUAUCCAUCUGUACCUCGAUCCAGGUUGAGAAGUCCUGAUAUCUCCCCUAGGUUUGAACUUGAGGCAGGGGGACGUAGGGUUCAACCACGAAGGCCUGGGUCCCGUGAUCCAGGGAGUGUUUCUUCUAUAUCAAGCUGGAGAGGAGACCCAAGAGAAGCAUUUGAUGAUCGGUAUGAGCAAUUUGAGGGUCUGCAGGCUGAAGAAUGUGGUAUACUAAAUGGCUGUGAGAAUGGCCGAUGCAUCAGAGUUCCAGAAGGUUACACUUGUGACUGCUAUGAUGGGUACCGACUGGACAUCACUCUGAUGGCAUGCACAGACAUCAAUGAGUGUGAUGAAGCAGAGGAUCUAUCCAUCUUGUGCCUAAAUGGUCAAUGCCGUAACACAGAUGGAUCCUAUGAAUGUGUUUGUCCCCGAGGCUAUGUCCUCUCCCGCCAUCACAACUACUGUCUCCCCAUCCAGCAGUGAGCACUGCAGACAUGAUCCACUCUUCAAGGAACCAAAGACUUUCUACCAUGCCUUUCUGAUGCCUACUUUAUCACAUGGGCCACAGAUCGACAAGAACCUGGCAAGAGGAGGCAAUAUAUUUAUUUUUAUGUAUAUAGUUGCAAAGGUUUUAUGGCCUACUCAGGAGAAAUAAGUUGUGGGCAAUGGAGGAGUGUCUGAUAACCCUAAACCCUUUAUCUUAUACUAUGUGUUAAAAUCGGCCUUGGAUAUAAAAGGGACAUUUGUCGAUUAUUAAAUGGUAUUUGUUUGACGGAAAGUAAAAACUGCACUGAUUUAGCUUACUGAACCUGUCACAUAGUCUAUAGGUAACAUAUUCAAGUGAAUACCAAACAGCCAUCAAUGUGUGGCUUAGCCUGGUUGAAGAUAUAUUAUAUUAAUGACAUAUAGCAGUCUAAAUAAAAUAUUACUGAUAUGUGUGCAAGGUUCAUGCAGUGCAAUGUCCUUCUGAACUUCCAGCAUUUAUGUCCAGCCUGUGUUUUUCCUGAAUCCCUAUCCUUUUAAAUAAAUGAUCAGGAAUAGCAGUAUGUUAACAUUUAUCUUUAACAGUUAAAAUAUGUUUGCUGAUUUUUGCUCAACAGAACCAUGAAUUCAAAAAGCCACUGCAACCAAAAUCAGUUAUCUCCCACACUGGCCCAUGAUGUUUUUGAUAUUCUAAUCUACAAAUAGCAACCUGAAACAAAAGUGUGAUUUUCUGACAUCUUAUAUCAACAGCCAUGCCCUCCAGAGCAGGGAAGUUAUUCUUGUAAGGACCUUGACUGAGACACGUUAUCUACCUGUGCCUCAGGCACCAAAUAUUAUACUGUAAAUUCUAAAUAGCAGGAACAUAAUUUAGAUGAAUAAUUCUGCCCACCAAAUGUGGUUUGCAGCAAAUAUUAUAUACGCCCAAAUAUACAACAUACAAUCUUUUUGACAGGGUUGCCUCCAGCUGUAGUUUACCAGUAGCAGGCUGCAGACAUACCCCUGACUUUAUAAUAAAUUGUACCUAUACACAAGAUACAUUCACUUAAUUCCAUUAAAUAUGUAACAGGACAGGCUUGAUUAUAACUAGCCUUCAUAACUUUUGUAUAUGCCACUUCUCAUGCACAUUAUUGAGCAUUCAAGAUUAAGUUGUUUUAUGAAAAUGAAAUUUCCUGCAGGAAUAUCUUUGAGACCUUAUGAUUCACUAGUGCUAGCCAAUAGGAACCACUCAUUCCAAAUUGGAAACUAACCAAUGCCCACGCGUCCCAAGCAUUCAUAGUUACUAUGCCUUUCUUAUGCUUUUGAAAAGGAUAACCACAUUUCCUCUGUAAAAGACUGACAACUCUUUCUCACCUGCAAAAGUAUAUCUUUGUACACUUCCAUUUUAUAGACAUUUUGAGGUAACAAACAAAAUGGAAUAAAAAUGAUU